CGCCGCGCGAUGACGUCACGCGCGGGGGGCGCGUCACCGCCGCGUCUGGGGGCGGGGCCCGCGUCGCCAUGGAGACCGGGACGCCGGCGGGGAGGGAGCAUGGCCUCCCGGGAGCGAGCGGCCGCCUCCAGGCUGCGCGGGGACAAGUCCCGGCCCCCCACGGCCGCCGCCGUCCCCACGGACGUUGUCCCCGGGCGCCUGAGCGAGGCGCAGUGGCUGGCGCUGGUCGCGGCUGAGGAAGGGGACGAGGACGUGGGGGACGUCCUGGCGGAGCUGCUGGGCCGCGUGAUGGAGGAGUGCUUCCACGUCUACCUGGCUCGGCAGGUGGGCAGCCCGGCACCGCCUGCGGGACGCUGUGGACGCCGUCCCCGUGGGCCCCUCUUUGCCGGCCGCACCGGGCACCGAGGCGGGUCCUGUGCUCGGCAGCGCGUGCCCUUCACCGUGAGCCAGGCGAGGGACGCCAUGCUGCGGGUCGCCGAGUGGCGCUUCCUGGCGCGGGACGAGGGGGACGCGGAGCUGCGGGGGGAUGGCGCCUGGCGGGAGGACGAGGAGCCCGCGCCCUGCGCCAUCGACACCUGGGCUCAGGGCUCGGUUCCCAUCCUGCAGGAGCAUCCGUCCCCAUGCCCGGGGGACCGAGAGGUCUCCAGCACCGACCCCGUCCUGUCCGAGGCCGAGUGUGCCUCCUCGGCACCCCGCAGCGUGCCAGCACCUUCCCACACGCCUCUGCCGCAGGACGGGGCGCUCACCGCUCCCCAGCCUCCCAGGGGAAGAUCCAGCAGCUCCCAUGGCCCAGCCCCACGACCAGCCCCACUCAGCCCUGCCGCGCCACGGCCCCGUCGUCAGCCCCGGCACCAGCCCAGGCCCUUGCCCGGCCGCAAGAGCCCGGAGCCCCUGGCACAGACGGAGGACGGCGGGGACGGGCUGCUGCUGCCUCUCUCCUGCAGACCCCUGCUGAAGAUCCAGACGGGGAGGCCUCCGCGCAGCAAGGCGAGGGUGUGCGAUAAGCCCAGCACCAUGCUGGGAACGUCCCGGCCGGACCCCGCCAGGCGCUGGAUCCGGCCCCAGGUGGAGGUGCUGGACCCGGGCAUGGAGGCCAAGCAGCAGCCGUGUCCCCCGGCCACCCGCCGGCACAGCCAGGGGCCUCAGAGCCCCGCCGUGCGGUGUGAGGGGCCGGGCAGCUCGCUGCCCCCCCUGGGGCUGGCAGCUGCGGGGGGAGCACGGCUCCUGCCACCCACCCCGGGGGCCCAGCAGCCCAGCAGCCCCCAGCCCCCCGAGCUGGGCUCCUUGCUGGGUGCCGUCCGGCUGGCCCCCGGAGUCACCAUCAGGCACGGCGACAGCGAGAGGCACGGGCUCUGCCUCCCUGUGCGUGGUGAGGAGGAGGAGAUGGGGGAGGCCAGGCAGGACCUGAGGCCCCUCCGCCCCACCGUGCCCUUCCCCACCGUCACGGUGAGCCAGCUCACCGGCUAUGGCCCGCACUGAAUGCAGCACCCAUCCGACACCUCUCAGGCUGUGGGUCAGUGUGUUUUGUGCGGGGACCUCCCUCUGCUCGGAGCCAGCCCUGUCCCCAUCCCCGUCCCGGCAUGUCCCUCACAGCCCUGCGGGCGCUGUGGGUGCCGACCCCCUGCUCCCCUCUGUAGGUUCUGUGUGACCCGGGGCUGCUUCUGGCAGCCACUUCCUAACCCAGCGCCUCCAGCACCGCUCCCUCCCCUCCUCUCCUGGGCAUCACCCAGCAGCCGCCGGGUCCGGCACCGCGGGCUCCCGGCGUCCUGAUGCACCGUGUCCGCCCUCUCCCCGGGCAC